AUGGAAGAAGAAGAUCAAAAGGGAAAUGAAAUCACAGAAAAAAUGAUCAAGGAAUCAAUAAAAAAGAAUGGUGGAUAUGAUACACCAAGAUUAAACGAAAAACUCUAUUUACAUUACCUAUCUAUCACUGAUAUUACAAAUUUAGAUCAAUUUACAGGUCUUAGAUCACUCUGGCUAAAUAACAAUGCCAUAUCAGAGAUCAAAGGUUUAUCACAACUUACAAAUUUGAACUCUUUAUUCCUUCAUAAUAAUUUACUUGAAAAAAUUGAAGGCCUUGAAAAUUUACACCACCUAAAGAAUUUAAUUCUAUCAUACAACUAUAUUACACAGAUUGAAGGCUUAGAAGGACUUCAUGAAUUAAAUACUCUCGAAAUCGAUCAUAAUAAGCUGAAGAGACCAGAUAGUAUAUCAGGAAUUUCAGCAGCACCAUCAAUUACAGUUCUUAAUAUAUCAGAAAAUGGAAUUGAAGACCCUGCUUUCGCAGAAUAUUUACCAACGCUUCCAAAUCUUCGUGUUUUACGUAACAGUGGUAAUCCUGUAUGCAGAAACAUGUCUGAUCACAGAAGACAGCUAAUUGCAAAGAAUAAAGAGCUCAGAUACUUAGAUGACACUCCAGUUGAAGAUGAAGACAGAAGAGUUAUCCAUGCUUGGGCAAGAGGUGGCCUUUCAGCAGAACAAAACGAAAAGGUACUUAUUCAUGAUGAAAAGGCUGCUGCUGUCCAUGAAGCUGUCAUGGAGUUUAAUCGCUUACAGAAAGAAGGAAUUUUGGAACGUGGAGAGAAAUUAGAAGAUCAUCCAGAAUUACUUGAUGAUGACGGAAACUUUACUUCCAAUUUUAUGGAUAUCGAUGACUGA